AUGACCUAUUAUGGUUUAGAUGCUGCCGAAUUUUAACAACACCCAGUCUCGCUUAUUCAAGCGCUCUUAAAACAACUAGAGCACGCAUAGAUUUACUUACAGACAUUGAGAUGAUAUUAUUUCUUGAAAAGGCAAUAAGAGGCGGAAUAACUCAUUCCGUACAUAGGUAUGUAAUGUCUGGAAUUUCAUGACACAUUUGAUUCAAGCGAAAAAGUCAACUACCUAAUGUAUUGGGACGUGAAUUCUCUCUAUGGUUAUGCCCAAUGCCAAGCGUUACCCACGGGUAAUUUUCGCUGGUUGUCACCGGACGAAAUUGACUAUAUGGAAAUCAAGUUGAAAAGUGGCAUUUUCCACAAGUCCGAUAAUAACUUAUCUUAUGCUUUGGAGGUUGAUUUAGAAUAUCCGCAACAUUUACACACUCAAGAUUCUCAUAUACAAUUUCCUUUUUGUGCCGAACAUAUAACUCCGAAGGAAAGCAAUUUGAAAAAAUUAUGUUGCACAUUGAGCAAUAAAACUAAAUAUGUUAUUCAUUUCGAAAAUCUUAAACAAUGUUUAAAAUUUGGAUUGGUGUUAAAAAAAAUUCAUAGAGUUAUUGAAUUUAGGCAAUCCGAUUGGUUGAAAAGUUUUAUAGAUUUAAAUACAGAUUUUAGAAUGAAAAGCAAUAGUGACUUUGAAAAGAAUUUAUUUAAAUUGAUCAUAAACUCGGUUUUCGGUAAAUUUUUAGAACGUGAUCGCAAUAAAAGAGAUAUAAAAGUUGUAAACAAUUGGCGAGCGGCUUCGAAAUUAAUUUCGUUACCUCAUUUUAAGAGAGUUACUAUCUUCAAUGAAAAUUUAAUAGCGGUCGAAUUGAAACGGACAUGUAUUGAAAUGAACAAGCCCUUAUUUCUCGGGUUCACCAUAUUAGAAUUGUCAAAAUUAAAAAUGUACGAUUUCCAUCAUGAUUAUAUUCAAAGUAGGAUUUCUCCUCACUUUCAUCCACAACUUCUUUACAUGGAUACGGAUUCCUUAAUUUACCAAUUUACGCGAACCGACAGUAAUAGUAACACCUCUAUUUACGACAUUAUACGCGAAGACGCGGCAUCACAUUUCGACACAAGCGAUUAUCCUAUUCACAAUAAAUGGUGUAUACCGCGGGUCAAUAAAAAAGUUCCUGGUUUAAUGAAAGAUGAAUUAAAAUCCCAAAUUUUAACCGAGUUCAUAAGUCUCAGACCCAAAAUGUAUAUUAUGAAAGUCGAUGGUAGAGAAAGAACUGCGAAAGUAAAAGGAGUUUCGCUAAGCGCCAAACGAAAGUUGACAUUCGAAGAUUUUCAACGAUGUCUGUUUGAUAAUGAAAUUUGUUUUUCCGAAUUCUCAGGGAUACGUUCGCAAAAUCAUCAAAAUUUCAGUUAUACUAUCAAUAAAUUAAGUUUAUCGUCAAAUGAUAAUAAACGGUUUAUUAAAGAUAAUAAAAUAGCUACUUUACCUUGGGGGCAUUAUUCGUUAAAAUCCCUUAUGAUCUAAUUUUAUAAUGUUCUCACACAACAUUAUACUUUGUAUAAUCUUAUAGUGUAAGUAUUAUUGUACUUAUCAUUUGUUUUUAAAGGAAAUGCAAUGUAUAUUAAACAUAUAUCGCUUUCAUGAUUACUUUUUCAAUCAAAGUGUAUAAAACAAAGUACCUUUAUUUCUUCCUGCGAUAUCAUACAAUGUAUUCGCAUCUAGUAAUACUAUGUCUAUUAAAUAAAUUGAUUGCUUGUAUAUACCUACAUAUCGCUUACAUGAUUACUUUUUUCAAUCAAAAUGUGCAAAACAAAGUACCUUUAUUUCUUCCUGCGAUAUCAUACAAUGUAUUCGCAAACUGUUUGCUCGUAUAUGAUAAAAUGUAUAUCGGUUAUUUGCGCGUGUACUUUUCCAAUCGAAGAAAAUGUACAAAUCAUCCUGUCUCACCCUAUCUUAGUUUCUUCUCACGAGAUCAUACAUCGCGAAUAUAAAAGCUCCAACGAAGGAUCGCUUCGAGCAAAAAUGGAUCUACGAGAGUGGGUGCGUGAGCGCCUUCCCCCCGGUUGGCCAACUUACUGCAUUGUAUCACCGGGGAGUGAGGUGCCUCCCCCACCCCCUUCCAUUUAUUUGGGGGUGUGGGAGGGUCACCAAAUUUAUGGAAAAAGGUAUGGCUCGGUCACCUGUAUUUGGGUGCUUGCUUGAAAAGCAAGCAUCCAAAUAUUGAUAAAGCUCUAGUUCCAGUAAGUUAUAAAAGUAUCUUUACAUCGAGUUGAUUUUUAAUAUGUUUUCUUUUUUCAGAUUCCCUACAUUCAUGAGUUUUUUUUGUUUUUUUUUUAGUUUGUA